GCAUCAGUCGUCGCCGUCGCGUUGUUCUAGCCGCUAGCUCCUCUCGAAGAUCGCACGCCAAGUCGGAGUUUAAGUCGGGAUCCAGGCUCGGAUUGGCAGACGAUCGAAUCGCAUCGAAUCGGAUCGGUUGGGAGACAAUCGAAGUUCAUGUGGUGACUGUGCACCUGGAACAGGAUGCCCGUUUGAUACUUGUUUCAUCUCUGGAUUGGAUUAAAACAAAUGCGAUUUGAAUGAUGCUGCAUCUGCAUCGGCACGCGAAUUUCCUCCUGUUUCUCUGCGCAGUUUUGGGUUACUUUGCGGAUCCUGCGAGCGCCGAUAUCGAGUACAAUACCAUCAACGAGGAUGGAUCUUUUCAGUUUCGACAUGCAAAUGAUGACAUUGGCGGCUACUAUCACAGCGCCGCGGGCACUCCGGACAACUCGGUGCGAGGUCGCUACGGUUCGCGGAGUCCGGCGAGCGGGCAGAUCGAGGAGACGGUCUACACGGCCGGACCACGUGGAUUUCGCGUGAACGGACCGAAAAUCCAUCGGAAAAUGGACCUGGCCCAGUAUCCGGUUCUGCCGCGUGGCAGUCCAGACGAUCCGCUGGCCGAUCCCUUUGACGAUCCGUCUUACAGCUUCAGUUUUCGCACUCCGGAUCAGUCGCGCAGCGAGGAGAAUGACUCGGGUAACAGGAUUAGGGGUCUGUACUCCUACUUGGACGACGUGGGCGAGCGGCAUAGUGUUCGCUAUGCAGCUGGAGCCGGAACCGGAUUCGAGAUCUCCAACGCUGUGCCGGACAGCCCAUCAGUGGUGGCCUACUCCAGUCCUCUGUACAAGUCCCACCCCAAAGCGCGUGGCAAGAUGUCUGUGCAAAGGGGACCGGCGGGCAGUUAUAAGCUGAUCGCCUCUGGUUCGGAUCACCGACGAGCAGAAAGUCGAGCUCCCGAUGGCCUGGUGAGGGGCACCUACUCCUUCCUGGACGACAAGGGCGUGCAGCGGACAGUGGAGUAUAUAGCUGGAGCAGGAAUUGGCUACCGGGUGGUGCAAAACCGCAUUGGUCCUGGAACCCACAUCAAUCCCUCUGUGGCUGAUUUUCGUCUGGCAGAUCCGGAUUUCCGACUGGCUAAUGAUUUUGGCAGGGGUGCAGGUGGUGGCCUAGGUCCGAAGGGAGGUGGAGCUGGAUCGGGUGGUGGAAGUGGUGGUGGUGCAUUGGGAGCUUCAGGUUCAAGUGGCGGGGCUGGUGGAGCGGGAAGGGGCCGUGCUCCUGGCAGACCCGGCGGCAAAGAUUACCUGAAGCCGGCUGAUGGGGCAAGAGAUAGGAGUCGUGGAGAGGGUGAUGCAGGUGGCGCUGAUGAAAGCCUGGGACACCAUGCUGGCAACCAAGGGGAUGACAUUGGACUAAGCAGCAGCUCCUCCGGUUCCAGCAACUUCAAUGGCAAGGAAGAUCGAAGAGGGUUCCCCGCGGGCAGUUCCCAACGGGGCAGUACUAGGUACGAUGGCGGAGGCGAUAGCUCACAGAGAGGAGGUUCUGGUGGCUCCACCAGGAACAGUGCUAGUGGGUCCCGAAACAGAAACCGGUUCGGCGGUGGUGGAGGAAGUGCGUCCUCUGAGAGGGGAGCAGGAAGAGGAGAUGCUGCCGGUGGGGGAGGCAGUCGCCGAGGAGGUGGAGUCGGAGCCGGAGCCUCCAGCGAAGGCGACUCCGGCCUGGGCUACCUGCCGCCCACAGGUGGAUCGGGCACUAGUGCCAUCAGCGGACCCGGAGACAAUUACCACCUCAACGACGACGAUGUGGGCAGUUCACUGCCUCCUCUGGUCACCGCCAACCACCGAAUUCUGGAGAUCGAUCGGGAUCGGGAGUGGGUGCAGCGGCACCGGGACUCCACCGUGAUCAAGAACGUGGGCAAAUGGUACGUGGGCCUGCCGCCUGGCCAAAGUGUGCGUGCCCAUGUCCAGAACAUCGACAUAAUACCCUUGGGCGGUAGGAUCGGUCUCUCGCCGUCGGAGGCACUGCGUCAGGACGAGAUCGCCGAGCUGAAUGCCUCAAGGGAGCACUGAGGCAAUGAGCACUCGCUGGCCCCCAUUGGAUCUGUAGUUUGUAGCGCCUAGCUCUAAGUGAUCAGUGUUGAGCAACCGAAACUGGGUUGACUCCACAUGGAAACUAUAGCAGUAUUUAAAGCGGAAUACAUUUUUUGUCUGUA